UGCUAUUGCACACUCUACGGUUGCAUGUUUAUAGCUACGGCACGAAGGCUCGCAAUGAGUGCGACUACGACAUGUGCGCCGUUUUCCAAGGCGGUUGUGGCGGCGAUGCGGAAGCUAUAUCCGCGAGAGCUUGCAGACAACUCUUGGGAUAAUACCGGAUUGCUGCUCGAAGCACCGUUCAUUCCGUCUCGCCGCCAGUCAAACACAGUCCUGCUCACCAUCGAUCUUACCAAGGCGGUUGCCGACGAGGCCAUUGCUCUCAAUUCCUCGAUCAUCGUCGCAUACCAUCCCAUAAUAUUCAGAGGAUUGAAGUCAUUGACUCUUGCCGACACACAACAGCAGUCCUUGCUGCGCUUGGCUAGUCAUGGCAUUAGUGUAUACUGUCCACACACGGCAUUGGACGCGGCGCCAGGAGGACUUGGAGAUUGGUUGGCAGACAUUGUUACAGGAACGAAGAAAGUGAAUGGACCCCAGGGCGCGGAUGAUCAGACCGACUCUUCAAAUCCCGCAGCAGAAAGCGACGACGAUCCCUUUGUUGAGAAGAAACGUCCCACCUUUACAUUGAACCACCACCCGAGCCAGCCCAUUCUUCGUUUGGGCAAGCCGCCCCAUUUGGCGAGCUCAUUCACUGCUCCACACAAGCGGGAAGUGAUCAAGCCGCAGUCGCCAGAAAUCCCUUCACAUCCCAAUGCAGGCAUGGGCCGCAUCGUGAGAUUCGACCACGCACAGCCACUCCCUGACCUCCUCGACCGCAUAGGAAAGGGCCUCAACAACCCCAAGGGCUUUCCCAUUGCCAUACCCCAAGGGAAAUCAAUCUCCGACAUGACCAUAAAAAGCAUAGGAAUAUGUGCAGGCUCCGGCUCAGGCUUGCUCAGCGGCCUAGACGUCGAUCUAUACUUUACAGGCGAAAUGGAUCAUCACGCCACGCUCGCAGCCAUUGAGCAGGGACGAGUAGUCAUCAGCCUGUUUCACAGCAACUCGGAGCGCGGAUUCCUGGCCGAAGUCAUGGCCAUGCAACUCGAAGACGCUAUAGACGUGGAGUGGAACAAGGUCAGGCAAGAGUGCGAAGACAAGGAAGAGUUCAAGGAUGCAGUAGCAGACUACGACUUUGAGGUCGCGGUAAGCGAGGCGGACAGAGAUCCAUAUAGCAUUGUGGUAUUGAAAAACGACGCAGAACAAGCUUAGAAAAA